CUGCAAUUAUUGAUCCCAAUCUGAGGAGAACAUAACCAAAAGUCUCCUCAUUACAGAUCUAAAUUGUGUCUCCAACAAUUUCAAGAAAAAAAUAAUCUUAAGAUGAAGAUGAAGAUUCAAUUGGUUCCUCUGAUUCUGUUCUUCCUACAAAUGGAUAAUCUUUUGUGUUCAGAAGAAAGAUCGACUUACAUAGUCCAUAUGGAUAAGUCCUUUAUGCCAAUGGCAUUUUCCAGUCAUCACCAUUGGUACUCUUCGAUGCUCCAAUCUGUCAACUCUCAGACAUCCCCAAAGCUCCUCUACUCCUACGACAAUGCCUUCCAUGGAUUCAGCGCCGUCGUGUCGGAAACCGACCUCGAAACUCUAAAAAACUCGCCGGGAUUCCUUACAGCCUACGCCGACGGCCCUGUCUUCCCCGACACCACUCAUUCCUACAAGUUCCUGUCGCUGAACACCGCCGCCGGAUUAUGGCCGGCGUCGCAGUACGGAAAAGAUGCGAUCAUCGGCGUCGUGGAUUCCGGAGUUUGGCCGGAGAGCCCGAGCUUCAGAGACGACGGAAUGACGAAAAUUCCGGCGCGGUGGCGUGGAAUUUGCCAGGAUGGGGAGCAAUUCAACUCUUCAUUAUGUAAUAAGAAACUGAUCGGAGCUCGGUACUUCAACGCUGGCGUUAAGGCGGCGAAUCCGGGGGUUAACAUUACUAUGAACUCCGCCAGGGACGACUCCGGCCACGGCACGCAUGUUGCGGCGACGGCGGCCGGGAAUUACGUCGAAGAUGUUUCGUUUUUCGGCUACGCUCCCGGAACCGCGAGAGGGGUCGCGCCGCGGGCUCGGCUCGCGGUGUACAAGGUGCUGUGGAAUGAGGGCAGCUACGAGUCGGACGCGCUCGCCGGAAUCGACCAGGCGGUCGCCGAUGGCGUCGACGUCCUGUCGAUCUCCCUGAGCUACCGGCGGCGCGAACUAUACGAGAAUCCGUUGGCGAUCGCUGGAUUCGGAGCCCGGGAGAAAGGCAUUGUGGUUUCGAUCUCGGCGGGGAAUCGUGGCCCGAAUUUUGCGUCGUUGCUCGAGGGAAUUCCGUGGGCGAUCGUCGUCGCGUCGGGGACUAUCGACCGGUGGUUCGCCGGGACGCUGACGCUAGGAAACGGUAAAACCAUCACCGGAUGGACUAUGUUCCCCGGUCGAGCCAUUGUCCGAAACCUCCCUCUCGUAUACAACGAGUCUUUAUCGGCGUGCGACUCGCCGGAGUCGUUAUCGCAAGCCGGGUUCUCGAGUAUCGUCGUAUGCAACAUAACCUCGGACGAAAGCCCGAGUUUCUCGACCGUGAUGAAUAACCUAAUCGCCGCCGAGGUUGUCUCGGCCGCAAUUGUCAUUUCUCAGGACACAAGCAUAUUAAGAUCGACCGCGUUCCCUCUCCCCGGCGUGGUAAUAACGCCGUCGGAAGCACGGCGGGUGAUCGAAUACGCGAAAAGUGUCGAUCAUCCGAGCGCGACGAUAGAUUUUCAACAAACCAUUAUCGGGCCGGGGCCGAGGGCGGCUCCAGCCGUGUCGGGCUCGUCGUCAAGAGGGCCGGGCCGAAGCUACACAGGUGUGUUGAAGCCCGACAUUAUGGCGCCGGGAGUUCUAAUCCUAGCAGCCUACAAUCCAUAUUCCUUUGGCCCGAGCAUCGGGAGAUCCGUGCUCGGGAGCGAUUUCACGCUUCUAUCGGGGACAUCGAUGGCAUGCCCACACAUAUCGGGAAUUGCCGCGCUACUAAAAGCCGCGCAUCCCGAAUGGAGCGCGGCAGCCAUUCAGUCCGCGAUUAUGACCACUGCCACCACACACGACAAUACCAAUAAACCUAUCAAAGACAUGGGAUUCGACUACGAUGUCGCGACGCCUCUCGACAUGGGGUCGGGGCAGGUCGAUCCGAACCGCGCCCUCGACCCGGGGCUCGUGUACGACGCCACGAUCGAAGACUACAUAAACCUCGUCUGCUCGAUGGACUUAACGUCCGAACAACGUCGGACGAUCAUCCGAUCAAGCUAUAAUUGCUCGACGGCGGCGGCGACGUCGGACAUUAACUACCCAUCCUUCAUUGCCCUCUACAAUGUUCAGGAAAACACAGCUAAAUUAACGAAGAAGUUUCAGAGGACAGUGACGAAUGUAGGCGACGGUGCAGCUACGUACAGAGUCAAAAUCGAAACGCCGAAGGAAUCGACGGUCAAGAUUUCUCCGAUCAAAUUGGUAUUCAGCAAAAAAUACGAGAAGCGAAGGUAUACGGUGACUAUACGCUACCGGAGUUACAGUCAGACGGAAAUCAACUACGGCUCGAUAACGUGGAUCGAGGACGGCGGCAACCGUACGGUGAGAAGCCCCAUCGUGGUUACUCAGACCGUCACUCCCGACGACAACUGAUCUAUAUGAACAGUUUUUCAAAUUUUUUUUGCUAUCUAAGAAAUUCUCAAAUUGAAUUGAAAUUCCCAAAUAAACAUGAUGCGCGAUUUAGGGUUCAUGGAAUUAUGCUGUAGUUCUACAAUUAUCAAUCGAUCGAUCAAGCGUUAUGUAAAAAGCAAGCUGUAAAGAUUUAUUGGGCAUUUGAUAGUAUGGAUGAUUACCUCCCGUUUUUUGCAGCUUCGUACCAAAUCCGAUCCU